AUGCGCAAGGCGAUUCGCGAGGUCGACCCUCCCCUUGGCUGCAAAUACGCAUGCGCCCCGUUCGUAGCGGGUGAGACCUACCGAAGUGACCUACCUGACGAGCUUCCAACCGGCGCAGCCAGAAAAGACAUUUUCUGCCGGAGCUGCGGCACUUGUCACGACCCCGCCAACUGCCGAGGUCCUCCGAACAAGUACGGACUCUUCGAUGGGUGCAACAUUUGCGGUGGAGAGCACAUCAGUGAGACUUGCUUCUUCAACGACUUGACCAAUAUAGCGAACCAGAACGACUCGGGCACGACCCGGCUGGCGGUGCCGGCGCGGGAGAAGGAAAAGAUGAUUGUCGAAUCGGCCGAUAUUCCCCUGAGAGCAGAGGCCCUCCGUGAGGACUUCAUUCCACGCCAAGACAUUGGGCCCCUACAGUCCGCCCUGGGUGUCUCACUCGAGUUUCCACCUCCAUGGUGGUCACCAGCAGGCUGCGAGCUGAGCAUCCACUCCGCGGCGGUCUCAGCAGCAAGACGAUAA